CUGUAUACUCUGUGGUGUCAGACGUCAAUUGGAGAUGUCGGGUUUAUGUUGUAAAAAAUUAGUAAUAUGUCUACGUUUUUAUGUUACAAUUAUGUGAAUAAUGAGAUGAAAGUGUAAAUAAAUAUUAUAUUAGUGCUCGCUAGUGAUUAUGGCGCAUAGUGGUGGUGUUUUAAGUUCAGAUAUAUCUAGAAGAAAUCCUCAAGAUGAGUACGAGCUCAUUCAGAGAAUUGGUUCGGGCACUUACGGAGAUGUGUACAAGGCGAAACGUCUCAACGGUUGCGGUGAGCUGGCCGCCAUCAAGGUGAUCAAGCUGGAGCCCGGCGAUGACUUCGCCAUCAUCCAACAGGAGAUACUGAUGAUGAAGGACUGCCGGCAUCCCAACAUAGUGGCCUAUUACGGCUCCUAUUUGAGGAGAGACAAGCUCUGGAUCUCUAUGGAGUAUUGUGGAGGGGGCAGCCUGCAGGACAUCUAUCACGUGACGGGUCCCCUCACGGAACUUCAGAUCGCCUACAUGUGUAAGGAAACGCUUACCGGUCUAUCAUACUUACACAGCAUGGGGAAGAUGCAUAGGGAUAUAAAGGGGGCCAAUAUACUUUUAACCGAGUGUGGUGAUGUGAAGCUCGCCGACUUCGGAGUAUCAGCACAGAUCACAGCUACCAUCAACAAGAGGAAGAGCUUCAUUGGCACGCCGUACUGGAUGGCACCCGAGGUCGCAGCCGUUGAGAGGAAGGGUGGAUACAAUCAGCUGUGUGAUAUUUGGGCCUGUGGUAUCACAGCUAUAGAACUAGCAGAACUUCAGCCUCCGAUGUUUGAAUUGCAUCCCAUGAGGGUGUUGUUCCUCAUGUCCAAGUCGGGGUUCAAACCCCCACAGCUAAAGGAGAGGGAGAGGUGGUCGCAACUCUUCCACGGCUUCCUCAAACUGGCCCUCACCAAAAACCCCAAGAAGAGACCCACCGCUGACAAGCUGUUACAACACGCUUUCUUCCAACAAGACAUGUGUAAGCGCCUGGCUAUUGAAUUGCUCCACAAGUACUCAGACCCUCCCAACUGCAGUCAAGACAUGGACGAAGACGGGGGUGUUUCGGAUGUGCCUCAACGUAUCGCCUCUCGUCAGACGAGAAGAGAUAGACCACAGCAUCUAAGAUUGGACCACGCCCUCAGAUCUUCCGAGGAACGUCGGUCGGGAGUGUACGACGAGUCACCAAUCGUUGAGCUGGACCCCGUCGACGAGAUGGGAGAUCGGGAAGACGGGGGCACUGUGAGGAGGACGGGAUACCACAGACAGACCAGCGAGGACUGGAGCGUGGCCUCCCUCAUGAGUUGUCCCAAACACAACCCACUGUCCCAGGACCUGACCACAGACUCGAUGCCGACCAGCGAAAACAAGUGGUGUCGGGUCCUCACUGGUGACGAUAUAAUGAGAAUGACCUUGAGGAGCCUCUUGCAAUAUAUUGACGAAGAAUUAAUGCUCAGGGCGACAUUACCUCUGACCGCUGAGAACGCGUCUAUAGCGCAGGCCAAUUCCGGCCUCUCUAUACACGACCAACAUCUCUCGCAAUGUAUACAAUUAAAACAGAAUUUCCUCAACAAUUCCACGACGAACGUCUACCAGAGCCUCGCCUCCAACUUCCAAUCUCCCGUCGGUAACUCAUCUAUAUCUAUAGACGAUCCGCUAAUGAGGAAACACGACACAGACAUACUGUACGUAGACCAAGAGGACGAGGCCAAUCAUUCCCAGUUCAGAAACGCGAACUGCGAGUGCGGGCUGUGUCCCAAGCCGGAAACCAGGGGCAACGACACGCUGAGCGACCUGCAGAGGUCGGUGGCGUCCAAGUGCGCCUGCGACGCCUGCACCUCCAACGGAGACAUACUGAGCUACUACAAGCAUUGCUCAAACCAGAACACCGACUCCGGCAUAGUGUACUGCGACGUAUGCAAGAAGCAGAAAAUAUCGGUGUCCAACUUCAGAGCGCUGCAGAUAGCGAACCGAUUGCGGAUAUCGGACUCCAGCAAGGUGGAGAACGGCGAGACCUCGGACGACGACCUGUGCAGGAAGAUAGACAUGAGCCUCGACAUGGACGAGAACAAGCCCUACGAGCACAGGAAGAGGCACAACAGACAUCACUCGGACUCCGCGGCGGCCGGCAUAGACUUGAGCCAGUUCUGUCAGUGCGAACUAGGAAACAGCACCAAGAGAAAAACCUCCUCCGUAGACGAGAUAUUCAAAAUGGUGGACGACAACGGAAGGGAGGCGGAAGUGGCGGACGAGGAAGUCAAAACUGGCCAGAGGCAAAGGAGUCUGUCCGACAGCCAGAGAGAUAAGGCUAAAGUGGAAAAUGAUGCAUCAUCAACCCCCCCAGUACCUCCUCGGAGGUCUAGAGCUCGUCGUACUAGAACACCUCCUCGACCAGCGCCGAAUGGUCUCCCGCCCACGCCCAAGGUCCACAUGGGCGCCUGCUUCUCUAAGGUGUUCAAUGGUUGUCCGUUGAGGAUAAACUGUACAGCAUCAUGGAUACAUCCGGACACAAGGGAUCAACAUAUACUUAUCGGUGCUGAGGAAGGUAUCUACACUCUGAACCUCAACGAGCUCCAUGAGACAGCGAUGGACCAGUUGUGUCCCAGACGAACCAUAUGGAUGCAUGUCAUCAAAGAUGUGCUCAUGUCACUCUCCGGUAAAACCCCCUCCCUCUACCGACACGAGUUACUAUCGCUGUCAGGCAGUGGUAGGGGCGGCAGGAGCGGGGCUCGGUCGCUGCGAGUGGUGCCAUCCAGAUUACUACCACGAAGAUUCGCUCCCACCACCAGAGUGCCGGACACUAGAGGCUGUACCCGCUGUGCGGUGGCGCGGAGUCCCUACAACGGGUACAAGUACCUCUGUGGCGCGACACCGGCCGGUCUGUUCCUGAUGCAGUGGUAUGAUCCCCUGAGGAAGUUCAUGCUGCUUAAGAAUAUAGAAUGUGUUCUGCCGUCACCGUUAUUGGCCUUUGAGCUGAUCAUAACUCCCGAGUUGGAGUAUCCUCUGCUGUGCGUGGGUGUUACAAGGAAACCUCUGAGACUGAAUCUGAUUAAUAUAAACUCUGGUGCGAGUUGGUUCAAUUCCGAGGAGCUGGCGUUAUUACCAGGUGGCUCAAACACAGUGGUACCAAGGCCUGAAAGACUUCACACGUUGCGAGCUGUGAGACAACUUAAUAAAGAUUCGGUACUCGUCUGUCACGAGAACCUCGUUGACAUUAUACCAGUGUUGCCGUUCGAGAGAAGAAGAAAUAAAUUACUGUCUAGAAUACAGUUCGACUUCAAUAUUGAUAGUAUAUUGUGUCUGGCCGACUCCGUGCUAGCCUUCCAUCGUCAUGGAGUCCAGGGUCGGUCGCUGAGGAGCAACGAGAUCACUCAGGAGAUAACAGACGCAUCCAGAGCAUACCGACUGCUGGGACACGAUAAAGUUGUUGUUCUCGAGUCACAUUUAUUGCAGAACAACACACUAUCUGGUGAAGACGGAAAUGAUUUGUACAUUCUGGCCGGACACGAGGCUUCAUAUUAAAUAAAUAUUGUCUUUAUGGUUAUUAUAGUAAGCGAUUCUUGCUAUAAGUGAUAUUCUGGGUUGCAACCGCCCAUACACCAGCCUCGAGAUGAAAGGUUCAUACAUAACUUUAUUCUGUUAAAGCUGUCCGGCUUAACAAAGUGCACGACCAGAACCAUACAUAGGUUUGGUUUCGUGGUUUGCAGUGACUUGACAAUAGAUUAUAGUUUGCAGCUUCCCAGUGAGAAACAAUCGAAUAUUAUGAUAUAUUAAAUAGAUAUUGGGUUAUAUUGAUCGAUGUUAUUCACAUCUUAGGCCCGAGCACUGCCAUUUUAUUAAAAUCCAUUCCGUGGAUGUUUGAAGCAAUAAAUAUAUUAUUCGUGACCAUCUCUAGAUAAGGCUGUAGCAUAAAACAAAUACAAUAUUAAUGUUUCGCUAGUUAAAAACAUUAACAUGAAAGAUAUAAAACGCCGCUUCUAUUUAUAAAGGAUAGCACAAACAUUGAAAUCCCACGACGGUGUAGUCUGGGUUUAACUAACUAAUGGAAUGUAUAAUGAUAUUAAUAAAGUUCAAAUUGGUAAAAAGACAUUCAUUAUAGAUUGUUAACAAAGCUCGCUUUAUAUAUAUUAUUUUUUUGUAAAUAAUUUCAAUUAUUCCAAUUUAGUUUUAGCGAAUUGUAAUAUAUCAAUAGAUUAGAUUAAUUUCGUUGUAAUUAAUUUUUAUAGCAAACCUCAUUUCUGAGUGAAAAUGGACUGUUUAUUUAUUUUUAAUCUGUUGUUUGCUUUAACUUUUUUUUUUACAUAUUUUAGAAAUCCCAAAUAUGAAAUGAAAUAGAUUAAUUGCACCUUUCCAAUGUUUCUUUCUAUUUAAGAAUAAAAUUUUGGAUAACAAAAAUUUAGAGAUGUUUCUAAAAGGUCAUAUAUGACUUAUAUAUAUAAUUCCAGACGUUUUAUCCCACUCUGUAUCGGGACGUUGUAUACUCUUUAUUUAUUUUUAAUGAAUUGUAACACCCAAUAAUCCCAUUUAUUUAAACAUCUAAAAUAAACUUUUAUUUUCUA